CGGAAAUGAAUUAAGCAGGAAGUGACGCUAAAAAAGCGGAAAGACGUUGGUGACUGGUCUUUUUUGAAAUUAGUGCGGGUUUUUUUUUGCCUGUUGACAAGUUCGUGUCACGUUUUGGUUAAGGCGCUGACAUCUUGGAUAGGACAAUGUCAAAAAUUCCCAGAGGAGGGAAUUUUCUUGCAGACUCAAAAAAAGCAGCCGCUCAUAGAAAUUACGUGAAAGAGGCAGCACCUGCAACCAAUCCCCCAAAAGACGAUGUCCUCAAACAAAAAGAAAACGUGAUGCGAAAACAUGUUGCCCACAAGGUUUACAAAGGCGUUUCAACAAGGCAUGAUGCGCAGGAACACCUGAAGGAGCAGAACCAACAGUUAAUGGCUGCUAAUGAGGAACUGCAAACAAUCCUCACAGAAGAACAGAAACGACUCGCUCACAUGGAGCAGCAGUUUUGUGUCCUUGAAAAGGAAAAUUCGGAGGUGACCAAAAACCUCCAGGACUGCCAGAUACUGCUAGUGGCUGCAAAAAUAGACCCCGUCUCUGGAGAAGUCGUCGGAGAAGCUGCACGCGAAAUGAAAGAACAAAGGAAAGAAGUAAUGAGCGUUUCCACAGACCUUCUGAAGGAAUUAAAGGAUUUUGGUGUCAUGGCAACUCAGCAGCAAUCUUGUCUACAGGAGAUACAGACAACAAUUACCCACCUGACGGAAGCAAGGGAGCAGAUGAUGCAAGAGAGGGAGACUUUUUCCCUGGAAGCGGCCGACAUGGAAAAAGCUCUAAUGGAGGCAGAAGCUCUGUUGUUGUAAACUUGUACAACAAAAAUGAGUGUCAUAUUUGAGAAUAUAUUGUUUAAUAUUAUUGUUAUUCAGUCCUAAUACAUGUUUUUCUGCUCUCUUUUUCCAUCUGUUCAUUUGAAAUUAUUGAGGAAUUAUUUACACAAUCUCUCAUUCACUAAGACUGCCAAUAUUUUUUUCUUUAAGUUAUUUUAUGAAACAACCAGCUAUUUAUGUAUAUUAUGGACUUUGUAUCUCAUAAUUUUGACUUUAUCUCAGAAAUUAGGAUUAUACCAUAAUUAGUAGAGAUGUCCGAUAAUGGCUUUUUUGCCGAUGUCCGAUAUUGUCCAACUCUUAAUUACCGAUUCCGAUAUCAACCGAUACCGAUAUAUACAGUCGUGGCAUUAACACAUUAUUAUGCCUAAUUUUGUUGUCAUGCCUCGCUAGAUGCAUUAAACAAUGUAACAAUGUUUUCCAAAAUAAAUCAACUCAAGUUAUGGAAAAAAAUGCCAACAUGGCACUGCCAUAUUUAUUAUUUGAAGUCACAAAGUGCAUUAUUUUUUUAACAUGCCUCAAAACAGCAGCUUAGAAUUUGGGACAUGCUCUCCCUGAGAGAGCUUGAGGUGGGGGAGGGUAUAUUGUAGCGUCCCGGAAGAGUUAGUGCUGCAAGGGGUUCUGGGUAUUUGUUCUGUAGUGUUUAUGUUGUGUUACGGUGCGGAUGUUCUCCCGAAAUGUGUUUGUCAUUCUUGUUUGGUGUGGGUUCAGAGUGUGGCGCAUAUUUGUAACAGUGUUAAAGUUGGGAAACGCAACUGCUCUGUACUUCUCCCUACGUCAGUGUACCACUCCGUACGGCGGUGUUUUAAAAAGUCAUAAAUUUUACUUUUUGAGACCGAUACCGAUAAUUUCCGAUAUUACAUUUUAAAGCAUUUAUCGGCCGAUAAUAUCGGCAGUCCGAUAUUAUCGGACAUCUCUAAUAAUUAGGACUUUUUAUCUCAAAAUUGCGAUUACAAAAUAAAAUAAAAUGUUAUCAUUUUGACCUUUU